AUGGCGCCAACCAAGCCGGCUGCCCGCCGAGGUCGCCUAUCCAAGGCUGAAGCCGGUGCUGAGACGCAAGAAGACAAGGCAACUUCAGCUGCAAACGGGGCCGAGCCCGUCAAACGCCGCGGCCGACCUCCGAAGGAGGACGGAGCCAAAGUCACCAAGCCCAAGCCUAAGCCCAAGGCCACAGGUGGCACCGGCCGACCGCGUGGUCGCCCGCCUCUGGAUCCCUCGCAGCGCAAGACGAAGCCCUAUGUCCCGUCGGGGCGACCUCGCGGAAGACCACCGAAACCAAAGGCGACAGGCAAGCCUGGUCGGCCGCGCAAGUCUGAUGCCGCCGCCAUCAAGGAAGCCCUUCCCGAGAGCGAUGACAAGGUGGAGGAGGAGGUAGAGGGGGAAGACGAGGAAGAGUAUGCCGAGGCGGAGGGAGAGGAGUAA